UUUUGUCAGUCCUUCGUAUGACCAAAUCUGGUUUAAAGCUGCAGAUUAGUGUAUUGUGAACACAUUCAUUUACAAAGUACUAAUCAUCUAAAAGGAUGAGAUGCCUUUAUUACGUAUAACAUAGGACAUUUGCAUUCUGCUUCAUAACUCUGCUCUUAAAUUUCUCCAGAGACCGUAUUUUCGUCGUGCUGAAUUAUGUCACCACGAAUAUAUUAACAGAUGCGUGUUUUGAUUAUCGACAACUUAUAUACUAGCAUCGUACACCAUGUGGAUACUGGUUUCAUCAUUCGCCUAGAGCAUUCCUUGCGUCAUUCCAACAUCAUUCCCAACGUCUUGUAGGGAUUCGCCGUUAAGAUGUUUGGGAGUAUUUUGAACCGGAGGCGGCUUGACGGACUUUCUGGUAACAGUAAUAUUACCCCAGCCAUUUGGACGUUGUCAUAACUGCUAUCCGCAUCUGGACAGCCUAAUUUAUGGAAGCCCUCUACCCACUACACUCUCCUUAAACAUCUGAUGAACCGGAAUUGGAUGACAGCUUCGGUCAAUAUUUGAAAUCUAACAAAUGCUGAAAGUGCUUUCUAGCAUAUCUGCCAUUCAAGGUCGACUUUGCAAUCUUGACGUCUAACAGGUGUUGUUAAUUGGUUGCGUUUUGUGAAGUGUCGGUGUACUCAUGGCGGAUGAUGACCAGCGUCAACGCCUGGUGUUUCUAGGCGCUGGGGCUGUUGGCAAAAGUUCUAUUAUCCAACGAUUCCUUAGUGAUACGUUCAGCGAGCAGUACAAAGAGACGGUUGAAGAUUUAUACUGCCGGGAGUACAACGUCAACGGCUCUCUCGUCAAAGUGGACAUUCUAGACACUGCUGGGAACUUCGCAUUCCCGGCUAUGAGACGAUUAUCGAUCUCCACCGCCCACGCAUUUGUUCUGGUUUAUGCCAUCAACAACAGGUCGUCUUUUGAAGAAAUCAAGCGAGUUUGGGAACAAAUCAAAGAAGAGCGGAGUAACAGCGAUGAGUUACCGUGUGUCAUAGUAGGCAAUAAAUCUGACUGUUACAAUGAGAGACAGGUGGAUAAAGAGGACGUAUUGGACUGGCUCUAUGACAAUGGGAUGAAUGCGUUCUUGGAAGUAUCCGCUAAACUUGGUGACAAUAUUCUAGACAUAUUUCAGUUGUUAUUAGAUCAGGUUAAAGGCCCUUACAUGAGAAGACUAGAACCAAUGCUUAGACGUCGCCUGAGCGCUAGUGUUGUAGAGGAAACACUCAGCAACGACCGUGAACAUCAGUUGGUGCCUGAGUCAGUGUUUUCUAGAAGUCGUAGUCUUAAGCCACGAGGAGGAAAACCCAAAACAAAACGUAACAGUGCUAAAUCAAAACGAGCUGAAACCACGGAGUGUACCAUCAGUUAAUACCAACAAGCUUGAAUGGCUGGUAUGGUUUUUCAGGGAUAAUUUGGCUACUAUGGGAAAGUCAUAAUAACUUAAAAUGCCCACAGUAUAUAAAAGAGAAUAUCCCGUACUAUUCACUUAUUAAAACACAAUUAGUUCAUUCUUUCUGUUAUUCUGUAAGUAAGUUUUCUUUACGCCUCAUUCAUUUCUUAACAGAUAAGUUGACAUUCUAAUAAUACGGUGCUUAUUUCAUACCUUUCUUGCACCACAAACACAUUGCUGUGCAGAUUAGGUUCCAAUAUACAGCAUUAUCAUGCUCAAAACGAUGUCAUUGUAAGCUAUGUAGUAAAUCAUUUUGUGGGAACAAAAAAUUCGCGUGGAGUUCAGUUUUGAUGUGAACAGAGAAAGUCCCUUGUAAACCAAGAAUUCUUCUUCAUUACUUUGAAAUUUUAGACAAUUUUUGAACUGGUUUAAUCCGAAACAGUAUGAAAUAAUAAGUAACGAGUGCUUCAAGCACACACUGGUAAAAAUGAUGCUUAUGAUGGUAUUAAUAACUGUUUCUCGUUUAAUCAUACCUCGAAUAUAUCAUUAUUACUGAGCUUUUUGGAUAUUAUCAGUUGUUAUGAUAUGGAUUAACCAAUUACUUGUUUUAUUAAUUACUUGUAUUAUUAAUAUAUUUGUGGCUUAGACUUUCCACUUGCUUCCCUGCUUAAUACCACUUUUCAUAUUGUAAUAAUGUAAUUUUCACCAUGUUCUUGCAUAGCGUGAACGAGAAAUCCAUCACGGCAAACUUGGUUACGUGCGUAUGUAUUAAGACAAAAUGAUGUUAACAAAAUAACUUUAAGAACAAACAAACAAAAACUCAACCCUAAAGACAGUGAAAAACUCUUGUCAAACACUUUGUCAGUUGUGAGCUUGCUCUGUGAUAAAAACAGACCUUCUAAAGGUCAUAUAUUACGUGCUGCUAGAAAAUUGCGAUUAAGAAAGUUCUUCAGUAUGGUGUGUUUGCAUGUCAUUUACAUAAACAGGGUGUAGCAAGAGCCGCGUUUCAA